CAUCAGUGUCAUCAUUUGUAUAAAAUGAAACUUCUGCUUCGCUGUAUUUUCGUUCGCUAGAACUACUCAAUUAUACUGAACCGACAUGGAGAUGUUUAACAUCACCGAAGAUGAUUUCGAGAGCACCACUCUCAAAGCGGGAAAAGCGAUGAUGAAAGUUGCUUUCUCCUGGUACGAUUACACCCUCUUCAGCAUGAUGCUCAUCCUGAGCGCUCUGAUCGGUGUGUACUUCGGUUUUUUCGGGAAGAAGAAGCAGACCAACGCCACCGAGUAUCUGAUGGGAGGUAAAGAGAUGAAACCUCUUCCCAUAGCCAUGUCUUUAGUCGCCAGUCACGUUUCUGGUAUUGCCCUUCUGGGCGUCCCAGCAGACGUCUACAGAUUCGGAUCUAAUUAUUGGAUGAGCUGCUUGGCAAUUAUACCGCCUUCCAUCAUUACCUGUUUAGUUUAUUUACCUGUGUUUUACAACCUGCAACUUACCAGCACUUACGAAUACCUCAAGUUAAGGUUCGAUACAAAAAUCCGAGUGUUAGCUUCAUUUCUAUACGCUUUUGGAAUCCUGAUUUACCUCCCAAUUGUAAUUUAUGUCCCUGCCAUGGCUUUGGCUCAAGCCACCGAAAUCAACAUCCACUUGAUCACUCCCUUAAUCUGCGGAGUCUGCAUCUUUUACACGACAAUCGGAGGGCUGAAAGCCGUCGUUUGGACCGAUAUGCUACAAUUCAGCAUUACAAUCGGAGCUAUGAUCGCCGUCUUAUACCUGGGAACCGUGGAAUCCGGAGGAAUCGCGUCCGUCUUCCAAAAGGCUUCAAGCGGUCAACUCUUGGACAUCGAUUUCGAUUCGAAUCCGACGAAGAGAGACACCUUCUGGGCCAUGAUGAUCGGAUGGUCCUUUUCAAACAUUUCUUACUUAGCCAUCAGCCAAGGCUGCAUCCAAAAGUUCCUUUCAGUGCCAACAUUCAACGAUGCCAAAAAAACCGUUUAUUAUUACAUCAUAGGGAUGAUGGUGAUCAAAACGUCUACAGUCCUGACCGGAUUAAUAAUGUACGCUAAAUACUACGAUUGCGAUCCGAUCACCGCCGGAAGCAUCGACAAACCCGACCAACUUUUACCCUAUUACGUAAUGGACGUUGCAGCGAAAAUCCCCGGAUUGCCUGGACUCUUCAUAGCAGGAGUUUUCUGCGCUGCGUUGAGUACUUUAUCCGCGACGAUGAAUUGCAUUGCUGGAACAAUCUACGAAGAUUUCGUAGCUAGGUAUAUGCCAAAGGAUAUUACCCAGAAGAAAGUGAGCAACAUCUUGAAGCUGAACGUUGUUAUUAUUGGAGUAGUUGCGACUAGUUUGGUGUUUGUUGUUGAGCACAUGGGGACUUUGCUACCUUUGACCGUAAGCAUCUCCAGCAUAUCCACUGGUCCACUUCUCGGCAUGUUCACUUUAGGUAUACUCUUCCCGAAGGCCAAUUCUAAAGGAGCUUUGGCUGGAGCCAUCGCUUCUUUGGCUUUCUCCAUCUGGAUCAUUUUGGGGUCUUACUUGUAUCGCGCUUGGGGUAUAGUUAAAUUCAUCCCAAAACCUGCUUCCAUCGACGGUUGCGACUUCGAAGUCCCCAAUUUCACGCCGAUAAAUGCAACUUUAAUCGAGCAGCAAUCUGAAGAGGUCUUCGUCAUGUUCAGGAUAACGUACUACUAUUACACCAUUAUGACCACUAGCGUAGCCCUCAUCGUGGGAUACGGAGUGAGUCUACUCACAAGAACUGGCGAUGAAGAACCGGUGGACAGAAGACUGCUGUCUCCGAUUAUACACAGGUUCCUCGAUAAGAACGAGGACGAGGAAAAGGGCAAAUACCACUCCAUCGACAAGGCCCUGCACAUCGUCGCAUUAUCGAACAACAAGAACGGCCUCAAAUCUUAAGAGAAUACACUCAAUAUAGGCCACGUAGGCGGAUGUAAUUGGCUGCAAUCAUGUACAGGCUAUUACGCCACUAUUUACAGGAGAUCCAAUCGACAAAGCAAUUUCCCGUAAUCGUGGACCAAUUUCGUAUUAUAAUUAUCAUUUUUUUUUCAAUUAUGGAAACAUUCCACCGAAACUCUUUUUUUUUUUCUAUCAUGUCUCGUUUACAAACUUCAGCGUAAUUCGCUAAUAUGUUUUCUUUUUUUUUUUCAUUUAUAGGCGAAAAUUUUCCACCACUUUCUACGCACUCAUCGUAACUGGUUUUAAAGCAAAUAAAGAUUAGGCAUUGUUGAUGUACGAAGUGCGCAAUGUAAUUCACCUCACUACUGUCAGUUUAAUUCAGUUUAAACAUUUGUACACACUUUGUCAUCAUUUACUUUUUUUUUUAAAUCAUCAUCACAACAAUUGUUAACAAUGAAAUUCGAAUAAAUAUUUAUUAAUUA